UUCAUAUAUUCAGUGUUCACACGCAUAUAGUCACAGUACCCCUAUGUCUCCCUGUCUCUGUCUCUCUCUCUCUCUCUCCCCGCUUCUCUCCUGUGACUGUUGUGGAUGUUUGGAGGAUUCCCACCUCUUUUCUAUACGCACAAAGAACUGAAGGGAGUUUGCGAGAGAGAGAUCACAGGAAAAAAGGGGAAGUUCUGGAGAGAGAAACUACGAAAUACUCCACGCUCCGGCGAGUCUUCCCUUCCUGGAUUGAGAAACAGAGUGAAAUCCAGUAAUGCUGUAAAUAAUUCGUAUAUAGGUCUUAAAUACAGGGUAAGCGAGAGAGCUUGGCUUGUAUGAAUGACCCAAAAAUGCGUGAAGCGGCACUAUUCUGUGACGAGCUUAACGACAUCGUUUCCAGCAGCAAGAAGAAGAAAUCAGAGGAGGAGAAGCUAGGGAAGGAUACCCAGAAACCGCUUCAGCUAGUCGGAGUAGGCCGUUGCAGAUCCCAAGCCGCUUCGCGGAGAGUGACGCCGACCACCUUGACGACCUCGCCUACCUUGAGUGUCGGAGUCGCGUCCCCGUCGACGGUCGAGAAGGCCCUACCGAACGGCGAUCUCUACAUGGGUAGUUUUGCGGGUGCGCCGCACGGAUCGGGGAAGUACCUGUGGACCGACGGGUGCAUGUACGAAGGGGAGUGGCGGAGAGGGAAGGCCUCGGGGAAAGGAAGAUUGUCGUGGCCCUCUGGCGCCACCUACGAGGGCGACUUCAAGUCGGGUCGGAUGGAGGGGUUCGGGACCUUCAUCGGGUCUGACGGCGACUCCUACCGAGGGUCCUGGAGCUCUGAUCGGAAGCACGGUUAUGGCCAGAGGCGCUACGCCAACGGCGACUACUACGAGGGCUACUGGAAGCGUAACGUACAAGACGGGCAAGGCCGGUACGUAUGGAAGAACGGCAACGAGUACGUGGGCGAAUGGAAGAACGGCGUGAUUUCUGGCCGGGGAAUCCUGAUUUGGGCCAACGGGAACCGUUACGACGGCGAAUGGGACAACGGCGUUCCCAACGGGAGCGGGGUUUUCACUUGGCCGGAUGGGAGCUGCUAUGUCGGUAGCUGGAACAAAGACCUUAAGAUUCAGCUACCGAAUGGGACGUUCUAUCCGGGAAAUGGCAAAGAGCAAUGCUUCAAAAGCGGCAAUGGCGCUUUUCUUGAUGAUGAUAAUUUGACGAUAACGAUGCGGAAGAGGUCAUCCGUGGACGGCGCAAGAGGAAGCUUGACAGAGCGGAGUUUUCCAAGGAUUUGUAUAUGGGAAUCAGAUGGAGAAGCCGGGGAUAUCACCUGCGAUAUAGUCGACAAUGUGGAGGCCUCCAUGUUUUAUCGGAACGGGACGGGGUUAGAUCGGGACGGGAUUCGACAGUUUCCGCGGAGGCCGUGCUGUUUCACGGGCGAGGCCAAAAAGCCUGGGCAGACAAUAUCAAAGGGGCAUAAGAAUUACGAUUUGAUGCUUAAUCUUCAACUGGGAAUUAGGUAUUCUGUUGGAAAGCACGCGUCUUUGUUGCAUGAGCUUAAGUGUACUGAUUUCGAUCCCAAGGAGAAGUACUGGACUAGGUUUCCACCCGAAGGAUCGAAGAUAACGCCUCCCCAUCAGUCGACAGAGUUCCGGUGGAAAGAUUACUGCCCCAUGGUGUUUAGACAUUUGAGAGAGUUAUUCCAAGUAGAUCCUGCUGACUACAUGAUGGCUAUUUGUGGGAAUGAUGCCCUCCGAGAGCUUUCUUCACCGGGGAAGAGCGGAAGCUUCUUUUACCUUACCCAGGAUGAUAGAUUUAUGAUAAAGACAGUGAAGAAAUCAGAAGUCAAGGUGCUUCUUAGGAUGCUUCCAAGUUACUACAAACAUGUUUAUCGGUAUGACAAUUCCCUGGUGACAAAAUUCUUUGGGGUGCAUUGUGUCAAACCAAUUGGUGGCCAGAAGACUCGGUUCAUUGUGAUGGGCAACUUAUUCUGCUCAGAGUAUCGCAUCCAUAGACGAUUUGACCUUAAGGGAUCCUCUCAUGGCCGCACAACAGAUAUGCCAGAGGGUGAGAUUGAUGAAACCACGACCCUCAAGGACCUUGAUCUUAAUUUUGUCUUUCGCCUCCAGCAGAGUUGGUACCAAGAGCUUGUCAAACAAAUCGAUCGUGAUUGUGAGUUCUUGGAGGCGGAGGGAAUCAUGGACUACAGUCUUUUGGUUGGUCUUCACUUCCGUGAUGACAAUACAUGUGAUAAAAUGGGGUUAUCACCGUUUGUAUUGCGCACUGGCAAAAAGGAUUCAUAUCAGAAUGAAAAGUUUAUGCGAGGAUGCCGCUUCCUUGAAGCGGAGCUACACAACAUGGAUCAAAUUUUAGCUGGCCGAAAGCCCUUGAUCAGGUUAGGAGCGAAUAUGCCUGCAAGAGCAGAGCGGAUGGCCAGGAGGAGUGACUUCGAUCAGUAUACUCCUGGUGGUAUCAGCCGGUUGACCCCUUCACGCAGUGGUGAGAGCUGCGAAGUAGUCCUUUAUUUUGGGAUCAUCGACAUUUUACAGGACUAUGAUAUCAGCAAGAAGAUAGAGCAUGCAUACAAAUCCUUUCAAGCUGACCCAACUAAGAUUUCAGCUGUUGAUCCAAAGCUCUACUCAAGGAGAUUUCGGGAUUUCAUAGGGAGAAUCUUUAUAGAAGACAGGUAGCACGCAGACAAGAAUAUUGUCGAUGGUGAACCAGUACUGUUGGAUUGAGAAGAAUCUCCAUCUCAUUCUGAACCUUUCUAGAGAAAAAGGCUGGGAAUCAUGAGCUCUUCAUCGGUUGGAGCAAAUGCAUGGGUCAGAAGCCAAGGCCCCGCUGCUAUGCGGUGGCAGUGACCCGACAACCUCUAGUCGGUGGGUUGGGGGCGGUAGUGGCCGAAUUUUGAAGAUACAGCCGGGUGUUGUUACUUCUGGAAGGGGUAAAGCACUUGUACAUGCGGUGUGGGAGGGAUUGGAUUUUGAUUUGCUUUUUUUUUUUUUUUUUUCCUUGGGGUUAAAAUUUUUGUGGUAAUCAAGGAAUGUGAAGAUUGGAAAGAAUAGGGGUAUAGGGAAAGCCAGGAAAAUGUUGCCCACAGAGAAGAUUAAAAAAGGGGAGACUUGGAAUAAGUGUACAGUCUUAUAGAAAGGAUGGAUUAUGGAAUUCCAUUUGCCCAUGGAA